GCACUUCCUCAUUCUGUCCAUUCCUGGGACAGAGUGCAGAGGAGGAGAGAAGAGGGAGGGACUGAGAACAGGACUUCAGACUCUGCCUUCAGCUACACAGCUCAGUGUCCCACCUUGGUCCAGAGGCACAUAAGUCAAACACUCACAGUGACUGGCAGACAAGGAGACAGACUGACAGAGAUAUACAUUGUGUACAUAUAGACAGACAGAGAAGAACACAGACAGACAGGUGGUGUAGGUGUCAUGGCGUCAGUGGACAGCACCGGUUCAAAUGUCUCUGGUCGGCUGAGAUCAGGGGAUCUACUUCAUGCUGGUCUGGCAGUUGCAUUGCUGCUUGGUGUAUGGACUGUUGGUGGACUGGAAGUUUCCACUGGUAAAGUGUCUUCAGUCGAAGCAAUGAAUGGCUCCACUGUUUUGUUGCCCUGCACCUACUCUUCGUGUAUUGGUAUCGAAAAUCUCUACUUCAACUGGCAAUAUAAUGACAAUGGAACUCUCAAGAAGUUAUGUGAAGCAUCGAUCCGUAUGGAGGGUGUGGAGCCGAAGGUCCAUGUGACCCACGAGCGUGUUGAGUUUGUCGGCUCCUCAAAGACUAACAACAUUUCCAUCUUGCUAUGGAACAUCACCUUUGAAGAUGAAGGAGAGUACAUCUGUUUUGCCAAGAACCCAAAAGAGAAGAACCGCAACCACAGUGCUGUCUUCACUCUUAUAGUGGUGGAUCAAAGUCAUGGAGUUAGAGAUAGGGAGUCCACACAAAAGCCUCCAGUCUGUCGGCAGUCUGGUCUGGCCCAGUGCGGUGCCAAGACUGAGGUCAUUAUCAACAGAGCAGUCCCAAGCUAA